AUGUUUCGAAUAAAAUAUGAAACAGAAAAGGAAAUUUUAAGGAUACAAGAAGAAAAUGAAGCUAAUUUAAUUUAAGAAAACAAUUAAAGUUAAAAAAAAUGUGGUCAGAAAUCACUUAUAGUCAUGCUAUUUAAAAAUUGAAUGAUCUGAAUAGACACAUGGAAAUAGACCUUUAAGAAUGAUUUAUACAUAACUGAUUAAUUAAACAGAAAAAUGAGAUUAAGGAUGAAUAAGCGUUUGUUAUAAAAAAAAAAAAUCAAAGAUAAGAUAUUGUUGGUUUAAAGAAAAACAGCUGAAAGAAUAAUGAGAGCAACAGAAAGAAAGAUUCGACUUGAAUAUGAUUCAUUUGUGAUAAAGAGAACAUAAGGUUUAUAAAUAAAAAAGAAUAAAACUUAAAAUUUUUGAAGAAUUAGAAAAAUUAUUAAAAGAUAAGAAUGAAUAUAUAGUUGAAAAGGAAGCCAAAAUUAAUUAAUUAUUUUAAAAAUUUGAAGAAUAAGAGAAGAAAUUUGCAAGUUUGUUAAAAUAGAUUGAUAAUUAUAAAGUUACUCAACAAUUAGAAGUAUGUAUUACUAUAGUAUCAAAAUAUGGAAAGAAAUCGGAUAUUGAAAUAUAGGUUUCAAUGCUGGAUCCAAGAGUUGAAUUAUUUGAAUUUAAACUAUCAGAAAUGAUAUAGUAAAAAGAUGAAAUAAAAGAAGAAUUAAAAUUAUUACAUAAAAGCUUUGGAAGAUAAGAUUAAAAGUUUAAAUUGACCAAAAUAAAAAUAAGAAGUUUUAUUAUUAUUAAUCUAAAUUGA